AUGGCUUGGCUUGCCCUCUACCUCCUAAACCUUCUCUGGGCUAUGGCUGGGACUAGUACCCAGACCCGAAGCUUGUGCUCUGUCCCCUCAGAACAACAGCCUUGGGUUGAUGGCCUACAAGCACUCAUGGAGAACUCAGUGAUCUCAUCAGCCUACCCAAACCCCAGCAUCCUGAUUGCCAUGAAUCUGGCUGGGACCUACAACCUGGAGGCCCAGAAGCUCCUGACCUAUGAGCUCAUGGCCAGUGACACUGCGGACCUAACCACUGGGCAGCUCGCCCUCACCAUUAUGGCCCUCACCUCCUCCUGCCGAGACCCUGGGAGUAAAGUGUCAGUUCUGCAAAAGCAAAUGGAGAAGUGGGCACCUUCAAGCCCUAAUGACCAAGUGACAGCUUUCUAUGGGCCCAGUCUGGCAAUCUUGGCACUGUGCCAGAAGAACUCAGAAUCAACCUUGCCAAUAGCAGUCCGCUUUGCCAAGACCCUGCUGUCCAAUACCUCUCCCUUCAACGUGGACACGGGAGCAGUGGCAACCUUGGCUCUGACCUGCAUGUACAACAAGAUCCCUGUAGGUUCCGAUGAAAGCUAUAGAGCCCUGUUUGGUCAGGUACUAAAGAAUAUUGUGGAGAACAUCAGCAAUCGGAUCAAAGACAAUGGCAUCAUUGGAGACAUCUACAGUACUGGCCUUGCCAUGCAGGCCCUCUCAGUGACACCUGAGCAACCUAACAAGAAGUGGGACUGUGAGAAGACUAUGAAUAUAAUACUGGAUGAGAUUAAGCAGGGGAAAUUCCAAAACCCCAUGUCCAUUGCCCAAAUCCUUCCUUCUCUGAAAGACAAGACAUACCUAGAUAUACCCCAAGUGACCUGUGGUCCUGAUCAUGAGGCGCAACCAACUCUACCCAAUUACCCUUUCCCUGUCCCAACCUCAGCAUCUAAUAUCACUGUCACAUAUACCAUAAACAACCAGCUGAGAGGGGUAGAGCUGCUCUUCAAUGUGACCAUCCCAGUUAGUGUGAGAAAUGGAUCAGUGUUACUGGUUGUCCUAGAAGAAGCACAGCGCAAAAAUUCCAUGUUCAAAUUUGAAACCACAAUGACAUCUUGGGGCCUUGUUGUCUCUUCCAUCAACAAUAUUGCUGAAAAUGUUAAUCACAAAACAUACUGGCAAUUCCUCAGCGACAAAACACCUUUGAAUGAAGGAGUUGCUGACUAUAUUCCCUUCAACAACGAGCACAUCACAGCCAAUUUCACUCAGUAUUAAGAAGGAGGUGAGCUUAGUUUCUACUGAACAUCUUCAAAGGCUAGGUGAAUUUUUUCCACUUUGUUUCAGAAAAAAAAAUGGAUACCUAUGCUAUUCUUAUUUCUGGUGAAAACACAA